CAGCUGUAAUGAAAAGAACAUUCGUGCCCUUUUUUUUGAGAAUGUUAGAUCAAACUUUCGAGUGGUGUUCGGAAAAAAAUAAUUCGCCAAACAACGAAUAAUUUAUUUAAUAUUGUUGAAUAUUCUUGAAAUAUGCCUUGGUAUAAUAUAUGCAAUUGAGAAACGUGGAGAAAACUUGUGAAAGUGCGACACUAGUAUAAGCGCAAGAGACGAAACGCUUUGAAGCAAUUUGUGUAUUAGACGGAAGUCUUGCAGUAAAUUUAAUCAGUGGAUUGUGUUUUUAAUUAAAGGAAAGUAAAAUAAUUGAAAUUAGCUUUCAAAAAAGGCUAACCUACCUCUCCCAGUCAGGAGACUUUAGGUUUAUGAAUAAUUUUGAUAAUAAUUGAACCAUCAAUAACAUUAUCAACGUAAGACAAACAAAAAUGAAUUUAUCAUUUGCUGGAUGUGGAUUUCUAGGCAUUUAUCAUGUAGGUGUGGCAGUAUGUUUUAAAAAAUAUGCACCACAUCUGUUGUUGGAGAAAAUUGGAGGAGCAUCUGCAGGAGCACUUUCAGCAUGUUGUUUACUUUGCGAUUUGCCCUUGGGUAGCAUGACAUCUGACUUUUUUCGUGUAGUUAACGAAGCUCGACGUUAUUCUCUCGGACCUUUUAGCCCUUCAUUCAAUAUACAGACCUGCCUGUUUGAGGGUUUACAAAAACAUUUGCCUGAAGAUGCGCACAAACGUGUUAGUGGACGUUUGCAUGUCUCAUUAACACGAGUGCAUGAUGGCAAAAAUGUCAUCGUUUCUGAAUUUGAGUCACGCGACGAACUCUUGCAGGCUCUAUUGUGUGCAUGCUUUAUUCCGGGCUUUUCUGGCAUAUUUCCACCUCGGUUUCGAGGAGUACGGUAUAUGGAUGGAGCGUUUUCAGACAAUUUACCGAUAUUAGAUGAGAACACAAUAACCGUGAGUCCUUUCUGCGGAGAAAGCGAUAUUUGUCCACGCGAUCAAAGUUCGCAACUUUUCCAUUUGAAUUGGGCGAAUACGAGUAUAGAAAUAUCUCGACAGAAUGUUAAUCGCUUUGUUCGUAUACUUUUUCCACCACGUCCAGAAUUUCUUUCGAAAUUCUGUCAGCAGGGUUUUGACGAUGCGAUGCAGUUUCUUAAUCGUAAUAAUUUAAUAAACUGUCGCCGUUGUGUGGCAGUACAAUCAACGUUCGUAGUAUCAGAAACCGUGGCACAGCCACAGGACUUUGAUCCUGAGUGUAGAGAGUGUAAAAAGCAUAGAAAUGAUGCUUUAAGCUCAAACAUGCCACAAACUGUAUUGGAUGUGAUUCAGGAUUAUAUAGAGCAAGCUAAUAAAGGACUGGCGAAUUGGAUAUUCAGACAUCGUGGACUAAAAUUGUUGUCAUUACCAGCAACAGUGCCAUUAGACUUCUUUAUGGCAACAAUGUCAAAGAUAACUACACUCACACCAAAAUUAGGCAAACACAUUCGCGGCAGGAUAGAUAAUAUUUUAAGAAGAUUAAUUGAAACUGUACAAACCCACAUUAUAAGCAAAUUCACAAUCUGUGAACCGCCACACUUUGAUACGACGGGUUUACUGCAUUCGAAACGUCUAUACGGACCAAGGGUAUCAAUAUUAGUUGAUGAAUGUGGUGCUCCUUCAAUAGAAGGAGAUGUGGACAACUAUGAACAUGUUCUCAAAGUAACUACCCAUAACGAUGCGCUUUAUGCUUAUUAUUAUACCGACGAUCUUACAAAUAAAGUCAAAGUUACAGAAAUAUUUGAAAUUGACGAAGAAGAAAAACUUGCGGUUGAUCCGAAACUAUUCGAAGGCAUUGUUGAAGAUCAUCCAAACCCUCGUCAGCAUCACCAUAAUGUUGUUAGUGAAUGGAACGGAGUAGAAUCUGCCUUUUAUAUUGAUGAAUAUGCGUCUAACCAAAGGCCUUUCGAACGAGACAUUAAACGAAAAACUCAUAUAAGCACUGACACUGGAUACGAGAAUGAAGACGAAUAUGCGAUCAUUAACGAGAAUGACAUUGCCAAAGAAAUCGAAUAUGAGGUAUUCAGCGACCCAGAAGUUGAUCACUACUUUGGCAUACAACAACAAAGAAAUAAUAGAGAUGGAAAAAGAGACUUCUCUAAUGCUAAUAUAUUUACAUAAUAAAUUUGUGGAAACACCCUUUUUGGAAACGGAAAAUUUAAAAUCCUAUAAUUUAAAAAUUGGAUCGUGAAGGUGUCGUACGUGCGCAACUAUCGGGACCUGAUAAUUUAUAAUAACUUGCGGAUUUUUGACACAAUAUUACCUCGAUGAUUAAUAAUCGAAACAGUUUAACACUUUGCAUUAAUUACUUUGAGAGUUUACUAUUAUUUUGCUAUUUUGGGUAGAAGACCAACUUGAUUUUAAAUAUGAAUAAUUAAGAAAAUGUAAUAGCAAUUAAUAAAUUAGGUUAUUACCUAAAAUUCGAUGUAUUCAAUCUAGCAAAGAUAAGGGCGAUUGCCUAUUGACUAUAUGAAUACUCUUUAUUUUGAGUAUUAACCUUUCGAUGUCUCAUUUGAUCAGAUUAUUUAACUAUCUAUUAUUUCAGAAAUUAAGUGAUGUGUUUUUAAUUUAAGUACUCGAGAUAUAUGAAUUAUAUUAAGAAAAUGUCAAAAAUAUUUUAAAAGUUACAUGUAUGUACAUGCCAGUUUUCUAAAAAAUAUAUAUAUUUAUUUAAAGCAAUGAGGUAAAAUUUAUCGCUGUCCUAUACAUUUAAAAAAAUUAAAAAUAUAAUAAUAAAAAUAAAAUAUUGGAAUUGUAAAAAAUUCCGGAAAAGCAUA